UUUUGAAAAAUAUCAAAGGAAAUGGUUUAGUAACUUCAUUUCCCUUCAGUGCUAAACCUCAAAAGCAGAAAGAAUCCAGUGGGCAGAGUUUAUUACAGCUCGGCAAAGAGAAGCCAGAAGAGGAAGAAAAGAAAAAGCGGGGGGAAAAAAAGAAAAUUGUCCACCAUGAAUAUUCAGCCACCAAUUGUCACUCAGCCACAGAUGGCCCAGCCGAACAGAAAUUAUUGGCAAACGGAGUUAUGUGACUGCUUUAGCGAUUGUGAAGUCUGUCUCUGUGGAUUUUUCUGCUACCCUUGUUUGGGAUGCCGAGUUGCUUCAGAUAUGGAUGAAUGUUGUUUGUGUGGUCCAACUGUGCCUAUGCGAUCUGUCUAUAGGACAAAAUACAAUAUCCCUGGAUCCAUCUGUGAGGAUUUCUGCAUUGUGGGGUGUUGCCCCCUUUGUUCCCUCUGCCAAAUCCAGAGAGAUAUCAAACUGAGGAAAGCAAUGGGGACGUUCUAGAAGACUUCAUCCCAAGCUUCUUUACAUUUCUCCUUUUUUCCAUGAGAAUUCUGAGAAGUAAGAUGCAGUAGAGUAGUUUGUAGGAAGUACUAUUAUUUAGAGGCGCUCUUGCUUUAUAAUCUAAGCAUAUUCUUAAUUAAAUUUUAGCGCCGAUUCAGAGCUCAAAAUCCAGUCACACAAAAACUUGGUCUUGUUUAUCUUGUCUUUGCUUGUUCUCCCUAUUACUUUUAAAAUGGAAAACAAAACAUUUUGGUUGCAGCUGCUAUUAAAUAAUUAAGAAUAAAAAAAAAUAAAAACCCUACUAGACUUUGAAGAUUUAUUGGCGGAUAUACCAUUCUGCCUUUCCUGUUUUAGGGCUACUAAACCAAUAGGGGGGAAAAAUAUGGAAACCCACCACUGAUGGAGAUGCUGCAACAGACAUAAGUGUGAAAUAUGGUCAUAAGUGACUUCGAACACUCACCAAAUAAACUAUUAUAAGUCGACCAGCUGUACUGAAGAAAUGGAGGCAUGCUCAUUUAGAUUGUGUUCCUUUUUAAAAAAAACUGUCCUAGUGCCUUUAAAUGCGCUGUGAAACUCACAAUAGUAAAGGUUUUGUGGUCAAACAUAGCCCUGAAAGCUUUAUUGGCUACUUCCUCUCAGAUCCUGUUAGUAUUUGGUUUCUAACCAACAUUAUACUGUAUUCACCGAUGCAUUAUAGUCUGUCCCGUAAAGCAGCUUAUGGUAAAACCAAAGGACAAAAAUAAAUUAUCAGUAACCUCAAAUAUAAUAAUCUGAAUGCUUUCCCUUCUUAGCAACUUGAGUGCUUUAGAAGUCUGCCUAUUUCAGAAAUACAUAGGCCAGAGCCAUGUGUGAGAAUAAGUGGUUCAUACUUUAUAUGUUAAGUGAUAUUGUAAUUAAUUUGGGAGAAAGGCAGUCUGGAAAAUAUUACUGUUUGUUCAAUUAUACUGAAUAUCCCAUUCCGUAUGUAGAAUUUACCUAGAAAUUAAUAAAAACAAUAAAAACAGUCUUGUGUUUCUUA